CAGCCGACGAAACGACAUCAAUGAGCCGACGAAUCGACUUUUGACACACAUGGCGCGCCAUAAUUGUAUUGAGAGCGCGUGUUGAGUGAAAUUGUCGUUUGUGAAUGAAAUUGGAAGGAUUUAUUGUUAUUGAUGUGUUACUGUUAUGUUAGAAUGAGUGGGAGAGACAUCACAGCAUUGAAUAGCCAACUACUGGACGGUGUGAGGAGCAAGUCACGUGAUGAGGUUGAACGACUUUUGGUUGUAGGAGCUGAAGUUAAUGCGUGUAAUUAUUGUGGAUUGACUGUACUGAUGGAAGCUUGUGAUAAUGGCUCCAAGUCAUUAGUUGAGCUUUUGUUGUGUAGAGGGGCAAAUGUAAGCAGAACUGAUUAUAUUUUGACACACAGAAAACACAGAUCUCCAGUAUGUCUUGAAGGACUUGCUGCUUCUUCUGUUUCUCCAAAGUCAGCUCAAGCUCGAUCGUCUCCCACAACUCUACAGCCAGUUAUUGUUCAAUGUGCUGAUGAUGAGUUUCAGUGCUACGACGGCUUCAAGUGUUUACAAUGGUCACACCGAUGUGACUCGAUAGUAGAUUGUCAUGACAACUCAGACGAAAGCGGCUGUGCAUAUGUCCCACACUGUCCACCCAAACUUCAGUUUUCUUGUGCUAACUCUAACUGUGUUCCUCUCGACAAGCACUGCAAUGAGGUUGACGAUUGUGGAGACAACUCGGAUGAGUUUAACUGUGGCCUCACUCAACCCAAAUGGCAAGAAUGCGAGGGAAUGUUUCGUUGUGGCAAUGGACACUGUCUGACGUUCAAAAGACUUUGCGACAACAAAACUCAUUGCAACGACGGAUCGGACGAGAAAAACUGCUUUACAAACGAAUGCUUGAACAGCAAUUCAUGUCCGGGAGAUCAAAAGUGUAUUGACGAGCCGACUUCGUAUCGAUGCACGUGUGCACGAGAAUAUCGCAAGACGAACGACGGAUGUGAAGAGGUGGACGAGUGUCAGACGUAUGGACAUUGUGCACAGUUUUGUGUGAACACGCCGGGUAGCUUUGUCUGCAGCUGCAGUAACGGAUACACACUGAAGGCUGAUGGUCACACAUGCAAAGCAAACGAUGGAAAUGCCAAGUUGUUGUACGCUGAUGGUCAGGAUGUCAAGCUAAUGGAUCUCAACACAAAGUCGAUUGAAGGCCUAGCCAAAGACAGACUAUCAGUCAUUCCAGUUGCAUUCCACUUCCGUACAGGCAUGAUCUACUUUGGUGAAUACCAAAGGAAUCGUAUAUGUGCAGUUCCCGCGGACAACAGUGCAGAGCCAAAACCGAUUCUCACAACAGUGGAUGGCGCUCAUAGCCCUGACGGUCUUGCUGUUGACUACUUGAACGACUGGAUCUAUUGGUCUAGUCCUGCUUAUCGUACGAUCUUUAUGGCUAAAUUGGAUGGUUUGUAUCGUCGAGUUGUCGUGAAUGAGAGUAUGAAGUUGGACGAGCCGCGUGGUCUUGCUGUUGAUCCAUUGAGAGGGUAUCUGUUCUGGGCUGAUUGGGGGAAUCACUCGCAUAUCGGUGCUGCUGCUAUGGAUGGAACGGGACAGAGACACAUUGUGGUGGAUGGAUUGGUGUUGCCGAAUGGAAUAGCGGUUGAUACGAUAACACAGAGGAUCUACUGGGUGGACGGCAAUCGUGGAGUGGUUGAGGUUUGUGAUUAUUUGGGUCACAAUCGAAGAGUUAUUAUACAGGGUGGUAUUGGACGGCCUCUCUUUAUUGCGUUGUAUGAGGAAAAGGUGUACGUGUCGUCUGAUUGGGGACCGAUGAGGAAGGGAAGAGUUUUUGUUGCCAAUCGAUUUGAUGGAUCACAUUUGAUGACGAUUGAUCAUGAUGUGGACUCUGUACAAGGCAUUGCAGUUUAUCAGAAACAACAACAACAACACACUUCCAAUCACUGCGAUCGAGCGAACUGCAGUCAUUAUUGUGUCACCAGUUUUGUGUCGGACUACAAGUGUUUCUGUCCCGAUGGCUCCCACUUGUUGAAUGACGAAAAAACAUGUUCAGUUGGUGUUGAAAGAUGUAAUGACAGUUACUGUAAUUACAAUGGACAUUGUGUGAAGGAAGGCAACACAAAUAAAUGUUUAUGUCGUAGUGACCGCACUGGAUCUCGAUGCACUGACGUUGUUAGCGAGACUGUGUCUUGUCCCAUCACUCGAUGCAACAGCCGUGGACGAUGUUAUAUCUUAGUAGGAGUUCAAUACUGCAUUUGUAAUGAUGGUUACUCUGGUGUCUACUGUGAGUCCAAUAUCUCCCCCAUCACUUCUCCAUUUGAAACUUCUACAACCACUUCUACAACCACAUCUCCUGCACCACCUCGUGUUGUCGGUAAUGUCGGUCAGAACAAAGGAAGCAAUGCAGUAGGCAUUUCUGUAGGAGGUGCCAUCGGUGGUCUAGUGGUCGUCGCAAUUAUUAUCAUUCUUGUUAUUCUCUUGGUAAAGAAUGUGAGAGGCAAGCUGUCGAUUAACUUUGACAAUCCCAUGUACCAUUCUGACUCUAGCUCAGUUGUUAUCCCACCAAAGUCAGGAGUUGAAGAGGUCAACCACAGUAAAGAGGUCAAUGGCACGCAUACAGCUCCAGCUACUUCCACUUCUAAUGAGUGGGAGAGACAUCACAGCAUUGAAUUGAAUAUCAGGAUUUGUCUCAUUGGGUUUGCUUGGGAUAAAAGUGUACCAUUUAAAGUUAUUAGGAGAAUACGUUGGGAUCCUUUCUGCUCACGUGCGUUAGCCAUGAGGUGUGCAGCUACGCUCGUUACACUCAUCCUCCUUCAAGUGUCGACAACCAGCGGCUCAGUUUGCCACAACCGACCGGAUCUUUUCUUCAAAUGCGGCGAUCUGUGUUUGGCUCGCUCGUGGAUUUGUGACGGUGGCGAGGAUUGUGAUGACGGAUCAGAUGAAAGUUUCUGUGACGAAUGUGAUCCUAAAAAAUGGUUUCGGUGUGAAAUCGGUCAUCCAUGCAUAGACAGAAAAUGGGUGUGUGAUGGAACACACGACUGUGACGAUGGAUCUGAUGAGAGAGUGUCUCUGUGUGGAGCCUGUACAUCUGGCAACUUUCAUUGCACCUCUGGUGAAUGUAUCGGCCAGUCGUCUGUGUGUGACGGCGAUCGCGAUUGCUUCGACAACUCCGACGAACAACCACCUCACUGCUACCGUCCAACUAAAUCACCAUGCAACUUGACAGACGAGUUCAAUUGCAGGGCUUCUGGAUCGUUUCCUCACUGUAUUCCUAAAUAUUGGAUCUGUGAUGGCGAAAGAGAUUGUGACUCGGGCAUAGAUGAGGGCGACGUCUGUAAUCCACCGGGACUUGCUGCUUCUGUUUCUCCAACGUCAGCUCAAGCUCGAUUGUCUCCCACAACUCCACAGCCAGUUAUUGUUCAAUGUGCUGAUGAUGAGUUUCAGUGCUACGACGGCUUCAAGUGUUUACAAUGGUCACACCGAUGUGACUCGAUAGUAGAUUGUCAUGACAACUCAGACGAAAGCGGCUGUGCAUAUGUCCCACACUGUCCACCCAAACUUCAGUUUUCUUGUGCUAACUCUAACUGUGUUCCUCUCGACAAGCACUGCAAUGAGGUUGACGAUUGUGGAGACAACUCGGAUGAGUUUAACUGUGGCCUCACUCAACCCAAAUGGCAAGAAUGCGAGGGAAUGUUUCGUUGUGGCAAUGGACACUGUCUCACGGUCAAAAAACUUUGCGACAACAAAACUCAUUGCAACGACGGAUCGGACGAGAAAAACUGCUUUACAAACGAAUGCUUGAACAGCAAUUUAUGUCCGGGAGAUCAAACGUGUAUUGAUGAGCCGACUUCGUAUCGAUGCACGUGUGCACGAGGAUAUCGCAAGACGAACGACGGAUGUGAAGAGGUGGACGAGUGUCAGACGUAUGGACAUUGUGCACAGUUUUGUGUGAACACGCCGGGUAGCUUUGUCUGCAGCUGCAGUAACGGAUACACACUGAAGGCUGAUGGUCACACUUGCAAAGCAAACGAUGGAAAUACCAAGUUGUUGUACGCUGAUGGUUGGGAUGUCAAGCUAAUGGAUCUCAACACAAAGUCGAUUGAAGGCCUAGCCAAAGACAGACUGUCAAUCGUUCCAGUUGCAUUCCACUUUCGUACAGGCACGAUCUACUUUGGUGAAUACCAAAGGAAUCGUAUAUGUGCAGUUCCCGCGGACAACAGUGCAGAGCCAAAACCGAUUCUCACAACAGUGGAUGGCGCUCAUAGCCCUGACGGUCUUGCUGUCGACUACUUGAACGACUGGAUCUAUUGGUCUAGUCCUGCUUAUCGUACGAUCUUUAUGGCUAAAUUGGAUGGUUCGUAUCGUCGAGUUGUUGUGAAUGAUAGUAUGAAGUUAGACGAGCCGCGUGGUCUUGCUGUUGAUCCAUUGAGAGGGUAUCUGUUCUGGGCUGAUUGGGGGAAUCACUCGCAUAUCGGUGCUGCCGCCAUGGAUGGAACGGGACAGAGACACAUUGUGGUCGAUGGAUUGGUGUUGCCGAAUGGAAUAGCGGUUGAUACGAUAACACAGAGGAUCUACUGGGUGGACGGCAGUCGUGGAGUGGUUGAGGUUUGUGAUUAUUUGGGUCACAAUCGAAGAGUUAUUAUACAGGGUGGUAUUGGACGGCCUCUCUUUAUUGCGUUGUAUGAGGAAAAGGUGUACGUGUCGUCUGAUUGGGGACCGAGGAGGAAGGGAAGAGUUUUUGUUGCCAAUCGAUUUGAUGGAUCACAUUUGAUGAUGAUUGAUCAUGAUGUGGACUCUGUACAAGGCAUUGCAGUUUAUCAGAAACAACAACAACAACACACUCCCAAUCACUGCGAUCGAGCGACCUGCAGUCAUUAUUGUGUCACCAGUUUUGUGUCGGACUACAAGUGUUUCUGUCCCGAUGGCUCCCACUUGUUGGAUGACGAAAAAACGUGUUCAGUUGGUGUUGAAAGAUGUAAUGACAGUUACUGUAAUUACAAUGGACAUUGUGUGAAGGAAGGCAACAGAAAUAAAUGUUUAUGUCGUAGUGACCACACUGGAUCUCGAUGCACUGACGUUGUUAGCAAGACUGUGUCUUGUCCCAUCACUCGAUGCCACAGCCGUGGACGAUGUUAUAUCUCAGUAGAAGGUCAAUACUGCAUUUGUAAUGAUGGUUACUCUGGUGUUUACUGUGAGUCCGAUAUCUCUCCCAUCACUUUUCCAUUCGAAAAUUCUACAACCACAUCUCUUGCACCACCUCGUGUUGUCGGUAAUGUUGGUCAGAGCAAAGGAAGCAACGCAGUAGCCAUUUCUGUAGGAGGUGCCAUCGGUGGUCUAGUGGUCGUCGCCAUUAUUAUCAUUCUUGUUAAUCUCUUGAUAAAGAAUGUGAGAGGAAAGCUGUCGAUUAACUUUGAUAAUCCCAUGUAUCAUUCUGACUCUAUCUCAGUUGUUAUCCCACCAAAGGCAGGAGUUGAAGAGAUAGAUGGUCAACCACAGUAAAGAGGUCAAUGGCACGCAUACAACUCCAGCUACUUCCACUUCUGUCUGACGAAUCCUUGAGAGAAUAGUUUUGUUCUUUUGGUAGUCUAGUGUUGUUGACCUUGAUAACGUUGAGUUUACCAAUCAUCAUCAUCAUCAUCAUCAUCAUCAUCCGAUCAUGUGACGUCAAUACUAAACAAGCAAUUUCGUUUGUCAUUUAGAUUAGCAUAGUUCUUUUGACUGCAUGUAAGAUACAUGAAUUAGUACAUAAUAGGACAUAUAUUAAAGUUACCUUAGUUGUAGAAAAAUGAAUGUCAUAGAGGAAGAAAUUGAUAUUAUUGUGUGAAAGACAUCUAUUUUAAAUAAAAAUAUAAUAAUGAA